GCCUUCAUCAGCAGCUGCAGUUCCUUUCAUAAACACUCGUGCAGUCUCAUUGCAGUGCAGCAAGACACUAGGACGUUCUUUAGGCAGGAAACAGGGAUGCACGAAGUGAGCAGUUAAAUAGCCUAGUCUGCUGCUAUCAGAAAGCUUCAUGUUAGAGGGUUAAAUCGUGUUUUUUAAGACUGAAGUCGCCGGGACAGAUCUGCCCACAGAAGACUACUUUACUUGUCAAAUCUGAAUGUAAGAUUGUGAAGUAGAGGGUGAAAGGAAUUAAAAGCCAUCGCCAUGGAUUUUGUUAUGAAGCAAGCUUUGGGAGGGGCUACCAAAGACAUGGGAAAGAUGCUGGGGGGUGAUGAAGAGAAAGAUCCUGAUGCUGAAAAGAAGGAGGAAGAAAGACAAGAAGCCCUUCGGCAGGAAGAAGAGGAAAGGAAGGCGAAAUAUCAAAAAAUGGAAGCCGAAAGGGAAACAAUGCGGCAAGGCAUUCGGGAUAAGUACGGUAUUAAGAAGAGAGAAGAAAAAGAAGCUGAAGCUCAGGCAGCCAUGGAAGUGGCAGCAGAGGGGAGUCUUACCCGCCCAAAGAAGGCUAUACCUGCAGGCUGUGGCACUGAAGAAGAGGAGGAGGAUGAAAGCAUUCUAGACACUGUCAUGAAAUAUCUUCCCGGUCCCCUCCAAGACAUGUUCAAAAAGUAACAGGGCUAAAGCUAUUAGAUUGUUACCUUUUGUUUAUAAGGCAAAUAUAUUCUCCAUAGGAGAUUUAGAACAACAUGAUCCACCUGUUUUUUUUUUUUGUUUGUUUUAUUUUUGUUUGUUUUGUUUUGUUUGUGUAUCUGUGUGCGUGUGUGUAAA